GAAAGCAUAAUCGGGUGGAGAUCUCAGUCUUCCUCUUUUUCUUUACAUCUGCAACUUUGUCACUUUUGCCACCAUUGUCACUGGUGCUUUGUCGUUCCAUACUGCCGUGUACUGGAACUAGUUCUCUUUCUUUUUGGGUCAACUUUCAUUGAAAACUUUGAGUCUCCUUUAGUAGCUUUUGAGAGAGUUUUUGAGGGUAGAUUUCUCUACAUUUCAAGCUUCUCUUUAACGUUUUUAUCAUUCAUCUUACUUUCUAUCUUUAUUCCAUCCUCGUGUCUUGUCUAGUCUCAAAGGAAUUGAAUCUCCCUUCUUUUUCCUUUCUACCCACUAUUAUUUCAUCACCCACACCUGUUUUUCUCUACCCUCUUAGUCCCUUUCGCCUCUCAAUGCAAAUUAAUUAGAAGAAUCUGAUACCCCCAACAAUCGGAAAUUCUAUAAUAACCCAAGAAAUGGAUCGUCAUUCUGUAUGUCCAGUCAAAUAUACCGAGCACCGUCAUCUCACCAAGUUAGUCACACCAAUUCCCAAUGUGGGAAUGGAAUGUGAGAAGCAAAUGAAGCCCAGAGUUGUGCGGAUUUCAGUUACGGAUGCAGACGCUACAGACUCCUCUAGCGACGAAGAAAGCAGUGUCUGCAGAAGGAGUAGAGUCAGGAGGUUCGUUAAUGAGAUAACAAUCGAGUCUCCUUGCACCGGCCUGCAAGACGGCGUUUGGAACAGGUCGACGACGGGCCGAAGCAACCGGAAGAGGACAGCAUCCACUGGCGCCAAUGUCAAAGCUCCGGCCAGUUUUCCUGCAGAAAAGAAGUUCAGGGGAGUACGGCAACGGCCGUGGGGCAAAUGGGCUGCUGAGAUUAGGGACCCCAUGAGGCGCGUACGACUCUGGUUGGGCACCUACGACACCGCCGAGGAAGCGGCGAUUGUCUACGACAACGCGGCUAUCCAGUUGCGUGGACCAGACGCGCUCACCAACUUCAUUACUCCUCCGCAAAAGUCGCUCCCAGAUAAAGACAACCAGAAACCGUCAUCCUCCUUGGAUUACAUUUCCGGCGACGAUUCUCACUCUCACAGUAACAACGUCUGCUCUCCAACUUCCGUUCUCCGGUGUCCCUCACCUUCUGCCGAAGAAGUCGAUUCCCAAAGCCUUAAAGAAUCGCCAUCAGCUCUCGGUAUCAUCAACGAAACUCAAGAAGAAUCCAGCAUAUCGGGAGUAAAAUUCCCGGAUUUCUUCGAUUACUCGCCGUUCACAAACGAAAUAUUCAGUUCCGUCCCGAGUUUCCUCGACGAGACGGGUUUAGAGGACGGGUUUUUGAAGGAGAAUUUCAGCAGCACAUUAUUCGACUCGGGUACGGAUUCCGGGUAUGGCCUCGGAUUCUCUAAUUGGAAUUCGGAGGACCAUUUUCAAGAUCUCGGGGACUUGUUCGCGUUGGAUCCUCUGGUGGACAUUUGAUUAUAUCGGCAAUUUCUCACGUGAUGCUACUAUGGGCGGGAACUGAAAAUAUCGGCGAGUUUUUUUUUUUUUUUUUUGUGAUUUAUUUAUUUGUAAGUGGUAAUUUAAAUAUGAGUGUUAAACAUUUCCGUCACACUAACGUGAGCGGACGAGUUUGCCCAUAAGUUCUAUGCUAUGUCCUUUGUUGUAGUUGUCUUUGUAGAGUCACGUGCGAAUGCACGUGACAAAAACAAAUGAAAAUGGAAAUUAGAU